CCGCGAAAGGACCGUCCUUUGGACGCCAUGGCUCCUAUAUAGCCGUCGUCAUCCUAUCCCGUAUCUUGCAUACGUGCGCGUCUCGUUUUCCUCCCUCGCUCCCUCCCUCCCUCCCUCCGGUCUGCGCCAGGGAGCAGCAGGCAGCAGCACAGCAGCAGAGAUGGCGGACUACGUGUACGGCCCUGGGCGGACCCACCUGUUCGUCCCGGGCCCGGUGAACAUCCCGGACCCCGUCAUCCGCGCCAUGAACCGCCAGAACGAGGACUACCGCUCGCCGGCCGUGCCCGCCCUCACCAAGAUCCUCCUCGAGGACGUCAAGAAGAUCUUCAAGACCACCUCCGGCACCCCCUUCAUCAUCCCAACCACCGGGACGGGCGCGUGGGAGAGCGCGCUGACGAACACGCUGUCGCCCGGCGACCGCAUCGUGUCCUUCCUCAUCGGGCAGUUCAGCCUGCUGUGGAUCGACCAGCAGCAGCGCCUGGGCUUCAACGUGGACGUGGUGGAGAGCGAAUGGGGCCGGGGCGCCGACCUGGACGUCCUCGAGGCCAAGCUCCGCCAGGACACGGCGCACACCAUCAAGGCCAUCGCCAUCGUCCACAACGAGACCGCCACCGGCGUCACCAACAACCUCGCCACCGUCCGCAAGCUCCUCGACGCGUACCGGCACCCGGCGCUGGUGCUGGUGGACGGCGUGUCGUCCAUCUGCGCGCUGGACUUCCGCAUGGACGAGUGGGGCGUGGACGUGGCGCUGACGGGGUCGCAGAAGGCGCUGUCGAUGCCGACGGGGCUGGGCAUCGUGUGCGCCAGCCCCAAGGCGCUGGAGGCCAGCAAGACGGCCAAGUCCGUGCGCGUCUUCUUCGACUGGAAGGACUACCUCAAGUUCUACAAGAUGGGCACCUACUGGCCCUACACGCCCUCCAUCCAGCUCCUCUACGGCCUGCGCGCAGCGCUCGACCUCCUCGAAGAGGAGGGGCUCGACAACGUCAUCAAGAGGCACACACGCCUCGGCACCGCCACCAGGCUCGCCGUGGAGGCGUGGGGGCUCAAGAACUGCACCCAGAAGGAGGAGUGGUUCAGCAACACGGUCACCGCCGUCGUCGUGCCCUCCUACAUCGAUAGCGGCGAGAUCGUCAAGCACGCCUGGAAGCGGUACAACCUCAGCCUCGGCCUCGGCCUCAACAAGAUCGCCGGCAAGGUCUUCAGGAUCGGCCAUCUCGGCAACCUCAACGAGCUGCAACUGCUGGGGUGCCUGAGCGGGGUGGAGAUGGUGCUCAAGGACGUGGGGUACCCGGUGAAGCUCGGCAGCGGCGUGGCGGCCGCGGCGGCGUACCUGUCGAACUCGACACCUCUGAUCCCGUCCAGGAUCUGAUGAGCUCCGCGCGCGACAGCCACGGAAGGCGGGCGGCGACGACGACCGGGAAGAACAAACAGAAACGUGCAGCUCUGCCUCUGCUGCCUGUGCAGACCGCCGGCCGCACGCAGUAGCUACUGGCUGUACACUCUCUGCAUGUAAAGUUUGAUUUUCACACACAGCUGUGCUAAGGAGUAUAAUUUUGUGAGCUGCAGCUUUAAUAAUUAAAACAUCAAACUCUCAGAAUAUAAUCUCCUGCCUCUUGCAGCUGCUAGAUAUUAGUAA